AUGAUUAUUGCAAGUAUAAGACGAAUAUUCGCAUCGUUUAGGACCGAAGAAGAGGAGAAGGCGUACUCAAGAAAGGCAUUCUUCAAUUUGUUAGGGUUCCUUGGGUCUUGUGUGAUAUUUUCAUUCGUAGCUCAGAAGUUAUCCCGUCAACCCAGAGAAUUGAGCGAAUUGAUGAGAGCCAUUCAAAAUUAA